AUGAUUAGAAAGAGUCUUUUCAUUUUGGUUGCAACUGGAAUGGGAAUCAUAAAGGCCACAGGAGGAGAAGGAGGCCUCUACAUACCUAGCACCAUCUUACGAGAGUUAGGAAGUGCUUCCAUGGGAGGAUAUCUCAUGAUUGCAGAAACAGGAAAUGGAGACUUCGGAAUUGUAAGCAGUUCUGAGUCCCCAUACAUCAUAGAGAGUGGAGUACAUUCGGAAGUAGCCUGGCAACCGGUGAAUGGAGACAAUAGAGCAGUUCCCGUCUAUGCCCCCUCUCCUGCAGAAAUUCGAGAGAGCAUCCCGACUGUAUAUGGAGAGCCAUCCCAGUACAUGGGUCCACAACAAGAAGGAUUUGUCCCUGCCUCUACACCUGUGGUUACAUCUGUUGAGGAGACUGGAUCUACAUCUGGAGUGUCUACUGGCGCCAUUGUAGCCGGAACAACCGCAGGAGUUGCAACUGGAGCUGCUACAGGAGCUGCAGUGUCUUCCACCACAUCUGAGACCAAAGAUACCACUGCUGCAGGAACCACCACUGGAAAGACUUCUGGAGACAAGACAAGCACAACCAAAGACACCAAGACCUCCACCAAGACCAAGAAGAAGGGAGCCAAGAGCCUUGUAGCCCUCAGUGCAGUUGCAGUUACAGCAUUGUUCUCAAUCUUGUGA